AUGUCGACGACCCCCGCAAAAGACAUAGCUCCGUCCCCGGACAGACUGGCGAGACAAAUCCCCCACAGCCUCAUGGUCUCAACUUCGCCCCCGUUCAACGUCUCCCCCACUGCAGCCUUCCAUUCCCCGCCUCCCAACACGGGCGGGGCCAACUUGAAUCCCAACCCGGCCCAAUCUGCGCCAAAGCAGUUGAAGCCUUUUAACACCACUGACAUCAAGAUCUUGCUGUUGGAAAAUGUCAACGAGAGCGGGAAGCAAAUCUUAACCGCGCAAGGCUACCAAGUGGAGGCAUUGAAAACCUCCCUCCCAGAGGACGAAUUAAUAGAAAAGAUCCGUGAUAUCCACGUUAUUGGGAUUAGAUCAAAGACCAAGCUCAGUGAGAAGGUCCUCCGGGAAGCCCGGAACUUGAUUGUAGUGGGCUGCUUUUGUAUCGGUACCAAUCAGGUCGACCUCGAAUUUGCGGCGAGAAACGGCAUUGCGGUGUUCAACUCGCCUUUUGCGAACUCCCGCAGUGUCGCAGAGCUGGUCAUUGCCGAGAUUAUUGUCCUUGCCCGUCAGCUGGGUGACCGUUCCAGCGAGUUACACCAGGGAACGUGGAACAAAGUCAGCGCAAAGUGCUGGGAGAUUCGGGGCAAGACACUUGGUAUAAUCGGAUAUGGUCACAUUGGCUCGCAGCUCUCAGUGCUGGCUGAGGCCAUGGGCAUGUCUGUCAUCUACUACGAUGUUCUCAACCUGAUGGCUCUCGGAACGGCGAAGCAGGUCCCAACUCUCAAAGCUCUUCUUAACCAGGCAGAUUUUGUCACAUGCCACGUUCCUGAGCUCCCUGAGACGAAGAACAUGAUUGGAGCCCCUGAAUUCGAGCAGAUGAAGAACGGAAGUUACCUGAUUAAUGCCAGUCGUGGUACCGUUGUCGACAUCCCCGCUCUCAUCAACGCUUCCCGCAGCGGCAAGAUCGCUGGAGCUGCUUUAGAUGUGUAUCCAAGUGAGCCUGGUGGCAACGGCGACUACUUCACCAACGACCUGAACAGCUGGGCAGAGGAUCUUCGCAGCUUGAAGAACAUCAUUCUCUCUCCUCAUAUUGGAGGCAGUACCGAGGAGGCUCAACGCGCUAUUGGUGUUGAGGUUUCUGACGCUCUGGUUCGCUAUGUGAACUCCGGUGUCACUCUCGGGUCUGUCAACCUCCCUGAAAUCAACCUCCGCUCUCUGACUCUGGACGAGUCGCACCAUGCCAGAGUCAUCUACAUUCAUCAUAAUGUGCCUGGUGUAUUAAGGAAGGUCAACGAAAUCCUUGGCGACCACAACGUCGAUAAGCAAAUCACCGACAACAAAGGAGAUGUUGCCUACCUCAUGGCGGACAUCAGCGACGUGCAACCCAGCCAGAUCAUCGAGAUCUUCGACUCCCUGGAGGCUUUGAGCUCCCGAAUCUUGACCCGAAUUUUGUACUGA